AUGAGCGGUCCCCCACCUCCGCCGCCGCCACCUCACGGCGAGAACCCAAAGACGACCAGCUCGAACCUCCCGCCCGGUAAAUACGACAUCUUCAUCAUCCCACCUCACUCCGCCGGCUCGGGCUUCCUCUACCUGCCCUCGCUUCAGCCCAAUGCCAACAGCUUCGCCGCAGGCUUUGCCUCAGCCCUGGUACUUGUCGUCCUGGGCCAGAGCAUGGCCCCCGCCUUCAAGUCGUGGUGGAACGGGUUUCAGGGCAUGGGCAGCGUAGGCAUCAUGCUUCUGGUCAUAGCAGUGGCCAUGGGCGCAUGGGCUUUGGGAAGAACACAAGUAGAUGGCGGCCCAGGCCCCGGAGGAGGAAGCAGCGGCGGCGGCUUCGGCGGCACUCAUGGAUGGAGUGCUGGAGGUCAGAGUUGGGCUGGCGGGCCUACACCUGAUGCAGGCGGCCCACCUCCGCCACCGCCUCCACAUUCCUCACCGCCUCCGCCCCAGUCUGGCCCAACACCCGGAGCACAGGGUGCCGGACAACAACGUUCAGCAGGUCCAGACCAGGAGGCCCCGAAGCCGGAGUCAGGGCCCCAGUCGAAUCCGUGGGAGAAGGCUCGGGAAGAGACGCGAAAAAGAGAGGCCGAGCGAAAGGCCAAGGAAGCCGAGCAGAAGAGGAAGGAGGAGAUAGCCAAGCGCCUGAAGGAGCUUCGUGAAAAGGAAGCCUUUGAGCGUGCCAAGCGCGAGCAGGCCGCAAAGGAGAAGGCAGCCAAGGAAGCAGGCGAGAAGGCUCAGCGUGAGAAGGAGCAAAAGGAGAAGGCCGACCAGGAAGCCCGCACAAAGGAGCAAGCUGAGAAGGAGAAGCGCGAAAAGGAAUUGAAGGAGAAACUGGCGCGCGACAAGGAGCAAAGGGAAAGCCGACUGAGAGAGGCGAGGGAACGGGACUUGCGAGAGAGACUUGAGAGGGAGAAGGCGACCCGAGAGAAGCUCGAGAAGGAUGCCAAGGACAGGGAGGCUUCCCGCCUCAAGGAAGAGGCCACACGCAAGAGUACUUAUGCUUUCUCUGCUAUGGGCGAGAAGACAAACCCCUGGCCGAACGGACGCCCCCCGUCUCAGCCGUCUUCGCCCGCAACACCCAAUCCUAACCCGAGCUCCGCUAAACGACCACCAGCUCCCACAGCCAGAACCUUCACUGGCACUGUUGACGAGGAGACAUACUCCUACCGUCCCUACGAUGAACCGAAGCGACAUGCGAGAAGAAGAUCGGGCGAGACCAUCUUCACUGAGUCUUCCUAUGCCCCUUCACAGUCGACUGCACGCACGUCGCCACCGCCGUCUGUACGCGGGCCUUAUUCCACCAAGGACCCCGACAAGAUUGUCAUCAAGGCUGUCUAUGGCUUCAUGAACCAAUUCGCCAAGACGCCCGCCUCCCAGCUCAUUUCGGGCCAGGGCCCGGUCACCGAGGGCCUGAUCCUGCGCAUCACCACGGAAGGUAUUUUCAUUGACGACGACAUUCGCGGCGUCCCCCAGCGAGAGUGGGACGUCAAAGCUUGGACGCUCAAGCUUAUGGAGGUAUGGUGCUCCUCGCGUGAUUUUGCCGAAACGCCGGCCACCUCUACCAAGUCUCCCAAUGUGCUUCACAGACCCGCACGCGCGCGUGUAGAUCGCGGUCAACCAAAAGUUCUCACCGGCGAAGAGGCCGAUACCUUUUGCGAGAACAUGCUGCGAACCUGCAAGAACGAGUGUCGUCUUUGUCCACACGGAGAUGCCCCAUCUUCGUACGCUAACUCGAACACCGGUGGGCAGUCGGGCGAGUGGAAGCAGCGCGGCCUACACAUACUGCGUGCUACCCUUAGAGACCAGGAGGGCAAGCGAUUCAUGUUCGUCCUGGGUGAAGAAGAAGGUUGGAAGGUGGCCGUCGGGUUGCAGCGGUUGAGAAGGGGCACUCAGGUCCGGCAAAUGGGAGUCCAGUCCAUGUCCGUCCACGAGGCACGCAACACAUUGGAAACACUUGGUUGGGUGUAA